GUUACCAACAAAAGUUACUUCCGGUGUAUUCUGUAAUAAUUUUUUCAACAUUAUUUCGCCGAAAUGAGUAGUAACUGGUUAUGUACGAGGACUAAACUAUUACAGAUUUUCCAGAUAAGAAGUCUCACAAAUUCUGCAUGGUUGCAGAACCGUUGCAAUACCUUAUCUCUGGAUGCAGGAGUUAAUGCUGCUAACUUACAUGAAGAUGGCUGUUUGUUGAACACAGAUUUGAAUCCUUCAUGUGCAUCACCUUUAAAGAUUGAAAAUCCCCUUUUUGACUGGAAAGAGAGGAAUUCUGCACUUCACACUAUUGAAGGAAGCUAUGAAAAGCCUGCAGGACUUAACACAAUUUCAAAAUAUGACAUUCUCACAUUUUUGCGACCACUGUGUGCAAGGAAUCCGGAUUUGAUAAAAAGUCUUGCUAAAGUAGUUGAACCAGUUGAAUGUAAUGACAUAAUACAUGUGGGAAGUUCGGCAAAAAAUUGUACAGAAAACUCACAACCAUUAAAAACAUGCAACAGAUCAAAUAUCCAUGCUUUUAACAGCUUUGAUAGUUUUUCGGCAAUAGAUCAAACGUUGCAUAAAGACACGGGACACUGUUUGCAUAUGAACGCAUCCGAUGCUGCAGUGAAAACACAAGAAAAGGAAUGGUGUUCAAAUCUGAGCAAUUCAGCCUCUGGGGGAACGGAUCCUGAUAAAGAUGAUGAAAGAAAAGGGCCGACUAUUAUGCAGCUUGAAGCUGUGAAAGAAUAUUAUAUCGAAAUAGUGCCUGGGUUUCACAAAAGAGGGGAAAAACUGUCUGCUGGGCUUCACCAUGAGAAGAUGGUAUUUGAAAAUCAUUUCUUUAAGAAGCCUAAAGUUACAGUAGGUUUAACUAAGUACUCAACAGAAAUUUCAAAGAUCAGAGCAAUAGCAACUUUCUUCUAUCCUUCAUAUCACCUUGAGAUUCAGAGUAUACUGUCAUAUCCUAAUGAAGGCUAUGUGAAGAUGCACUGGAGGGCGUAUGUUGUGUCCAACUGGAAAUUUGUGAAACGAAUCCUAAUGUUGAUGAAAGACUAUAAAAGUGCACAUGGCGGACAUGACACAAUUGAUGCUAUAUCAACAUUUCAUGUGAACAGAGAUGGUAAAAUAGUUCUGCACAAACUAGACAGGAAGAUACCACUACAGAGUGAAAGUGCAGUGACAAAUUUAGCUGCUAAGACAGUUGAAAUGGUCGGAUUGGCUCCCAAGUCGAGCAACUGUGAGAGCACCUCUAAAGAGAAUCUAUGAAACUGAUUAAAUUUAGUUUUAAACCAAAUGUUGUGAUAUUACUGUAGGAAGACAUAGGAGUGUCUGACUUGACUGUUACAGAGAUACAGUUACUUGUCUAGUUACAGUUGAAGAUCAGACUCCUAGAUUAUAAAACUAAGUUUGUAAACCAGUCUCAGAAAUUCACUGUGUCAAUAACUGCCAUUGGUCAGUUUCAUUGGUGUGCUCAGAAAUGGCCAAUCAGAUGUAAGUUUAGAGAUUGGUCUAAGAAUUAUAUGUAUGUAGACUGUGACUCAGUUUUAUAUGGACCCAUAUUGUGUAGUAUUAGCAUGCCUUAUAUUUCUUUCAUGUCAAAGGUAAACCGUUACUAAUUUAAUUUGAUGUAUCGAUAAGUUUGCCUGAAUUGCUGGAGAACACAUGCGCAGUAUGCUGGUACAACUUCAUAUUUACUUAUGCAUGUUAUGAGUCGAGCCUUUGAGGAAUUGUUUUUGUUUAAGAAAUUGUUUAUUCUAUGCUGUUUUGCUGGUAAAAUUAGGUCUGAUAACAUCUUUGAACAAAUUUAAACUGCUGCUCAUGAAAAUGGUGGAAAAAUUACUAAAUUUUUGUUUUGCCUUUAGUGAAAUAUAAUUUCAGUGGCUGUUUGCAUAAAUAGUUCACAUACAACGUAUUUUUUCUUGAUGUUCUUUCGGACCAUUUUAGACAGAUUAUUAAAAGAAGUGAUAGAUUUCUUAAACUGGAAAGAAGAAGUUGACUUGAAUUGGCUUUUGUUACACAUAUCUAGUGUGAAGGCAACUGAUGAUUAAAUAAAAAAAGCAGGUCAUAGUCUGAGACCAGUAUGUCUUUGCAGUCAUGCCACCCUUAUUUAGUAAUACCUCAGUUUUACAUUGGUGCAGUCACAGUGAUAUAUAAACCAUCACUUAUUGACAACUGUGUAUGUCUGAAUUUGUAUGAGAUAACAUUUGUGUUGUGAUGAGUUUUCAGUUGGAACUUUAAAGGAGCAUGCAUGCAGAUUUGUGUCAGUUGUUUACAAACGUUUUAAAAGUGCUUUCAUUGUGUAAUGAUUUUAAUAAAGAAUAAACAUAAACUGAUUCAGUGGGAUCUUGGCAGUUUAAAUAAAUACUUUAUGAUUUCUGUGUAAAAUACUUACCUGUUUUCUGGUUUAUCUAAAUUUAACAGAUGUUUCUACCAGUUUAAAAAAAAGUUAAAUGUUGAUGACCAUCUUAAGGCGUACCCAAGUAGCGAUGUUCAUCUGAAGGCUGCCCCUUUAAAAUACCAAAGUAGCGAAAGUUGUAGCUAUGAGUACAAGUAUUGGUCUUUUCAAUGAAUCAGUGUUUUGUUAGGAAUAUGGUUAUGCAAAUCCAUCAAAGUACUUCUCCUGUAUAAAGGAGGUACAUUUAUAGCUCCACUACGGUAUAUGUGGAGAGCUAUCCUACUCGUCCUGGCAUCCAACAUCUGCAUCUGUAACUUGGUUCAAAAUUGUCAUUUCUUACUUUUACCUCUGAUGUUACUUUUUUGAUUUUCUUUAGGUUUAAAAUGGUUUUUCCUCAUCAUCAGCCUCAUUGUAUGACACAAAGUGCAUUACUGUGGCUAAAACAUUCCCUAUUAUACUUUAAUUUUCAUGCACUUUCACUCUUUCUCUGUUUAAUGUUACUAAAUGGAUUCGACUCAAACUAAAAAUUGUUGUCCCACAUCAUUGUCCACAUCGGGGGUAUAAAGCACUCUAGUGAUAGCUCUAGUUUUUUCAGAUUUGACCAGUUUUACUAUCUAUCUUCGAAAUACUUUAGUGUUUUUUUGUCCUUUGACACAUCAUGUUACUGUGGUUAUGGACACUCUUUUUUUCAACUCAUUUUCCUUAACCUUUAGCCUGAUGGCGGCAAGUGAUUCUGCCUUUGCGACCAGUGCAGACCAAGAUCAGCUUGCACAUACGUGCAGUCUGAUCAUGGUCUGCACUGUUUGCUAUUCGGUCAGUAAAUUUUCAGUGAACGCCCCUUUCAGUAAUAAGUGGUACUGCCCAAAUUGAAUGUUGGACCAGUUCAUUUUAGAAAUUUAGCAGGCUAAAGGUUAAUUUACUUUAUGAAAUAGUAUAUAUAAAUCAUGGACCAAUCCCAUAACAAAAUAAUGGAAUACUCCUAUGAAAACCAUGUAUCGGAGCAGGCGAACCAUGACAACCAUGUAUCGGAGCAGGUGAACCAAGGCUUAUAGAAGUUGCUCUGUUAUUAUCUAUCACUGUUAGAUGUGUCAAGAUUCUGCUUGAAUUUUAUCUUAGAAAAUGGCAAUACUUGUGUUGUAUAUUUGAUGUUGAAUGUGUCGUUUCUUUGCAUGUGUAUUCUCUAAGGGUAUUUAUAUUUUAAUCUUUAAAAAGUAGGCAAAGAAAUCAGUAUGUACUUUGCUUUUGUAGUUACGGUAUAUCUAUCACAGAUAGUUAAAACAGUAAUUUUGUUUACAUGUGCUAAAAUUGUAAUGUUCACUUUCAAAUAAACAUCAAAAAUGAAA